AUGGAAGUGUGGAAGCCUGUAUUACUCAACCGAAGUGGCCGGCCCAUUCUAGAUGAAGGUGAACACAAUGUAUAUGUUCGUGAUGAUAUAGGACUCUAUCAAGGCCGGCUGAAAUUACUAGAUCGUCAGAAUGGACGUAUCUACCUUACAAAUAAACGAAUCAUAUAUGUCGAUAAUGCUAUACACGAGAAUAGUUUGGCGGUGAAUAUUUUGGACGUAGACCGCUUAGAAGCUCUGGAUAGAUUUCUUAGGUCCUCUCCAAAGAUCAAAGCAUUCCUUAAAGAUCAAUCAUCUUUCUUGUCAUCCUCUGACAACGUUGCGGCAACCAAACUGUCAAAUAUAGCCGAAGUUCCAAAUUCAAAUCCGACUCCAGCUGCUUGGAUUUGUAUGAUUUGUACAUUUAAUAAUGUUUCCACUGCGAAAGUUUGUGCGUCAUGUGGGAUAAAAAGGAGAGAAUUAAGUCCACUUCUGCAACAACUGACUGGAAAUAAUACUCCUUUAGCUACCACACCAACACCUCCUCUUUCAGCACCAAUUCCGGAUGCAAAUGAUACUUUGACCUGUCCUAAUUGUACCUUUCAUAAUCAUCCAACGAUGCGAUUCUGUGAAAUAUGUGGUUCAGAUUUAAAAGCCAACCUUGACUCUUCCAGCCAAUCAACUAUACCAUAUCUGGCCUCCCAAAACGCCUCAAGGAAGUCACUCCCAGUUUCUAUUAAGUUAGAGGACUCCAAGGAUGCAAAUGUAAAGUAUAUCAAGUUCAGUUUCCAUAAGGGUGGUGAAACAAAAUUUAAAGAACUUUUACAAGAACAAGUUGACCAUAUCAAAUGGGAAUCCCUCGCUCAAAGUGGUAAAAUAAACAAAAAUGGCCGUAAAAUUAUCCAAAGGGUUCAAGUGGAUGGGGUAGAAUUUACACCAAAUGAAGAUGAUGACAAUAAUACAGAGGACCGUCGUCCGAAAGAGCACCGACAACUAGGAAUUCAUGGACUUGAACAGAUUGGAGAACAAAGACGUAAACUCAAUGAACUAGUUCUCUCUACCUCAUUGGAAGAUUUGGAACAAUUAAUGUAUAAAGCUCAAGAUUUGAUCAAACUCUCAGAAUCUUUCUCUAAACUUCUAAAGCCUGUUAAGGUAUCCAGCACUCUUAUUCCACCAUUGCAUAUUAAGAAGACUUCUCAGUUGUAUCAUCGAGAACUCUCUAGACACAUAUCUGAAUAUCUCGCAAACUUUGCACUUACCAAAUCUACCUCCAUGGUGACAACUCAAGAUUUAUUUGCUCAUUAUAACCGAUUUCUUAGUUCCAGUCAAGGGUUUGGAACUGAUUUGAUAUUAAGUGCGGACCUCUUGACUGCAAUUGAUCUUUUCCAGGAAUUGAAUCUUCCAUUCAAACGGAAACGUUAUGAACAGUCAGGAAUAGUAGUGAUUACCCCACGUUCUACCAACGAUUAUGCAAGUCUCAUUCUGCAAUAUUUAAUAGAACAAGAGCUUUCAUUUCAAGCAGUUCAAGGUAUAGAUGAUGAAUUGGGUUGGACACGAGAGGAUGCCAUAUACAGGGGGAAAACAGUAGGAGAAAUUGCAGAACAUUUUGAAUGGUCAUACGGCAUUGCAUUAGAGGAAUUACAGGUUUGCUUGGAUAAAGCAACAGUUGUCAUUGAUGAAAAUAUUGGAGGUACGUUUUAUUUUAUCAAUAAAUUCAAUAAGGAAGUACACAAAGAAUUAGAUAAGGGCCCAAAGCCAGAAGUGGUAAAAAAUGAAAUAGUAAUGCCAAUUGAACCAAUCAAGAAAAAGGUACAAGAGAUUGAAACAGUACAAACAUUUACAACUGCAUCACAUUUUGCAAUAAAGAAAGGGAAAUUAGAUGAGAGAACAAACUCAAUGGCGGUGAGAGAUACGAUUUCUCUUCCUGCCGCCCCCAUAUUUGACCCAGAAGUGGCAUCAUUACCGAUUGUACCAACAAACGUACCACAUCUGGAUUCAACUAAUGAAAGCUCUACUAAAACUGCCACCCUCAAUGAACUAGAAGGGCUCAAUUUUUAG